GGGAGUAAUUAUAUUUUAUUUUCUUGUUCCAUUUCAAUAAUUCCAUAAUUCCAUAAUUCCAUUCCAUUCAGUAUAAAGACUACAAAAAGUGUACUUUUCUAUUUGUGGUUAACAAAAACAAAUCUCUCGAUUGUUACAACUCGUUUUCCUCUCCUUACUGCUUCUCCCUCACAUCCCUAACCCCAUCAUCCUUAUCAAUCUAGUUCUACUUCUACUCAAUUAUUAUUCUUUAUCACCUCAUUUUUUUAAUUUUUUUUUCUGGUUUAUCGUUAAAUUUCAUAAUAAAGGUGUAUAGUUUAUCGUCUAGGAUCUGUUCAAUUUUAAUCUCUUUUUUCUGUGUGUCUUCCUUGAAUAAUUCAUUGGGUUUCUAUAAUUUUUUCAAAGUUUUUGAAGUUAAAGAGUAAGGGGGAAGAAACUCAAGAAAAAAGAAAGAUGGGUUUUGGUGAAGGAGGGAAUUUGGGAGGAGUAGAUGCUGGUAAUUAUGUCGAUUUUAGAAGCUUUGUGAGGAGAAAACGGGUGGAUUCUGAACAUACCACUUCCUCAACUGGUCAUCAAUUAGCAAAAGCCUUAACUGUUCCUCAUCUAGUUGCUAUUGGUGUUGGUUCUACUAUUGGAGCUGGUGUUUAUAUACUUAUUGGCACAGUAGCAAGAGAGCACUCUGGACCAUCACUUGCUAUUUCAUUCCUUAUAGCUGGAAUAGCAGCUGGCCUUUCGGCCUUCUGUUAUGCAGAGCUUGCAAGCCGAUGUCCUUCAGCUGGAAGUGCAUAUCAUUAUUCAUACAUUUGUCUUGGAGAAAGUGUUGCUUGGCUAAUUGGUUGGGCAGUGAUUUUGGAAUAUACUGUUGGCGGUUCUGCUGUUGCUCGGGGUAUAUCGCCAAAUCUGGUGUUGCUCUUUGGUGAUGAGAGUAGCUUGCCCUUUUUCCUUGCCCGUCAAUAUAUUCCUUUUCUUGACAUCACAGUGGACCCUUGUGCCGCAAUACUUGUUUUAGUGGUCACUGGGCUUUUAUGUGUUGGCAUCAAGGAGAGUACAUUUGCACAAGGCAUUAUUACAUCUGCAAAUGUAUGCGCCAUGAUUUUCGUUAUAAUUGCUGGUGGGUAUCUUGGGUUCCAAAAUGGAUGGCCUGGAUAUGAACAAUCUUCUGGAUACUUCCCAUAUGGAGUGGAUGGGAUGCUUGCUGGCUCUGCUACAGUGUUUUUUGCAUUCAUUGGCUUUGAUUCAGUGGCAAGCACUGCUGAGGAGGUGAAAAAUCCACAAAGGGAUUUGCCACUAGGAAUAGCUACUGCACUUUCUAUAUGCUGUGCAUUGUACAUGCUUGUUUCCAUUGUUGUUGUUGGUCUGGUACCCUAUUAUGCUUUGGAUCCUGAUACUCCUAUAUCCUCUGCAUUCACGAGUCAUGGGUUAUACUGGGCAGCAUAUAUCAUUACUGUUGGAGCAGUUACAGCCCUCUGCUCGACAUUGAUGGGCUCACUUCUUCCCCAGCCACGAAUUCUUAUGGCGAUGGCUAGAGAUGGUUUGCUGCCAUCCUUCUUCUCUGAUGUCAGCAAAAAAUCUCAGGUUCCUGUGAACAGCACUGUGACAACUGGAAUUGUUGCUGCACUGAUGGCGUUCUUUUUGGAUGUUUCACAAUUGGCAGGAAUGGUCAGUGUUGGUACACUACUGGCAUUUACUACGGUGGCAAUCUCACUCCUAAUAAUAAGAUAUGUUCCGCCAACCGAGGUGCCACUUCCAUCGUCAAUUCAGGAUUCUAUAGAUGCUGUUACUUUGCGCUACAGUGGAUUUACAGAGGAUGUUGGCACUUCUAAGGAUAUUGCUGAACCUCUACUGGACAAAGUAACUAUUAAAGAUUUUCCUGUGCUUUUGAAGCAAGUAGCUGAUGGAAGUUACACACUAAGCGAUGAAAAGAGAAGGAAAAUUGCUGGUUGGACUAUCAUGCUUACUCUUGUUGGAGUGCUGCUCCUUACCUCUGCUGCUUCCUAUGUUGGUCUUCCCAGUUUGCUCCGAUACGCUUUGUGUGGAGUGGGUGGUGGUCUUCUUCUAUCUGGUCUAACGGUGCUCACUUGCAUUGAUCAAGAUGAUGCAAGGCACAGCUUUGGACACACAGGAGGUUUCCUCUGUCCAUUGGUUCCUUUACUGCCAAUUGUUUGCAUUCUGAUCAACGUUUACUUGUUAAUAAAUUUGGGAUCCUCUACAUGGAUGCUGGUCUCAGCGUGGCUGGCAAUAGGAGUUUUUGUGUACUUGUUUUACGGACGAAGACACAGUUCCCUGAAGGAUGUAGUCUAUGUGCCAACCAUUCAUGCUGAUGAAAUCUGCCGCAGCACGCAGGACAUUUUGGCAUAGGUACUAGAGUCCACAGACAUCAGAAUUUCGAAUGGUCACUCAUUUGCAAAAGUAAUAGUUACUUGUAGUUCCAACUUCUAAAAUGUUGCUUGCUUGUAUAGUGCCAGCUCAUACAUGUAUGUAUUUGCUAUAAUAGCUACUUCAAAAUGUAAAUAUUGUGCUAUCCUUUCAUUAUUAGAAAUCCUUCAUCCUUGCUUUGUGUUUCUUCAUCUUUACAAUUGAAGGAUAUUGGGUAUGAGGACUAUGGAUCAGGUAUUCUA